CAGUAGCGUUAUAGAAACAUCUUUCCUUCUUCCUCAAAGACUUAAAGGUCUGAACACGCUGUGAGAGAAGAUUCAGGGUUUCCAAAGAGACACAACCCGGACUCUCUUCGAUUCCGUAGGAAGUGUCCCAUUUAGCUUCCAGUUUAUCACGCAGAGGAAGUGUGGAGGAUGAGCACAGGCAAUGGGACCAGGAGGAAAGUCGGCAAGCAGCAGCAGCAGCAACAAUUUAACAACAUGAUGGCACCUGACCCUGAAACUCUGGCUGAGAUGCAAGGUCUUUUUAGCAAAGUGAGAACGUAUGUGAAACCAUCCAGUGGGUCUGAGUGGUGCAUUCCUGACCCGAACGUUGCUCUCAGACACGCACCGGAACAGCACUGCCGUCUGCAGGCCCUGAAGGUUUCGCUGAAUGACGUGAAGAACCAGCUCAGUGACAAAAACGUACAGGUGUGGCAUCAGCACACCAGCUCCACCAAUCGGGCCGGGAAGGUGAUCGGUGCCGUCCGGUCUGCUGCCAACGCAGAGAUCUGCACUCAGGCGUGGUGUAAAUUCUACGAAAUCCUGGGAAACUUUAAUCUUCUUCCAAACGAGGCUCUUCAAAACGGAGAGCUGAACACAGUCCAUCUGUGUGAGGCACCGGGGGCCUUCAUAACCGCUCUCAACCACUACCUCAAAACCAGUGAGGCCACACGAUACUGUGACUGGAACUGGGUUGCUAACACCCUCAACCCGUACCACGAGGCCAACGGGGGAAAUACAACCAUCGCAGAUGAUCGAUUAAUUGCUAACACGCUGCCCUGGUGGUUCUUCGGCUCAGACAACACCGGGAACAUCAUGAUCCAGCAACAUUUGCUGGAUCUGCAGAACUUCGUGUCUAACAUGCGGAGGAUUGAUUUGGUGACGGCAGAUGGAAGCUUUGACUGUCAGGAGAACCCCGACGAGCAGGAGGCGCUGGUGGCGUCACUACAUUACUGCGAGGCCACAGCUGCUCUGCUGCUCCUGAGCCCCGGCGGCUCCUUUGUACUAAAAAUGUUCACCCUGUACGAACACUCGUCUGUCUGCUUGCUCUACCUGCUGAACUGCUGUUUUCAGUCUGUCACUGUCUUCAAACCCGCCACCAGCAAAGCAGGAAACUCUGAGGUGUAUGUUGUGUGUCUGAACUAUGACAACAAGGAGGCUGUGAGGCCUCUGCUCUCAAAACUGAUUCGUAAUUAUGGAUCACAACUAGCCGACAGAGAGGCACUUUUCCAGAAUUCUGUAAUCCCAGAGUCGUUCAUGAGCCAGCACGUGGAAGUGUGCUCAUACUUCCACACCCUGCAGGUAGAGACGAUAUCAGAGAACCUGCAACUGUUUAAAGGUAUGAGCACAGAGGAGAGGCAAAGGCUCGACCACAUCAGGGACUGUGUGGCUCAGGAGUACCUACAGCGCUUCCAGGUGUGCUUUCUCCCGCGAAGCCGAUGGAUUUCUCGUAACACCGUGAUUCCUGCCUGCUGCAGCGUGUCAGCCGGACGACCUCUGGGACAGAAGAAGCAAACGGGCUCCUUCAAUGAGCGGAGGGAAUUGCAGACCUUAAGCUGGAGGGAGCGUGUUCAGAGGGGUUGCCAUGCCACCUGGAUACAGAGACACUGGACUGAGGAGAGUGGGAAGGACUGCAAGCUGGAGGGACCCUUGUCCAACUGUCAGGUGGAUUCGUGGUAUGUUAUUGUGGGGACUGCUCUGCCUGCAGUCAGAAACUCUCCGUUCUGUGAUGGAGGGUUGUUAAACCACUUGAACGAAGCACUGAUGGACACAGCUGUAGACUGGACCCACGUGACUCCUUGUGACUCUUGCCAUGUGGUUUGCGCGUCCUCCAUUUUGUCAGAAGUUGCAGGCCAGUGUGCCGUUAAAGCCGACAAUUUAGGGGGAAAAAGGAGGACGCAGUGUUUGGUGUUUGGCAGCUGCUCGGUUUGGGGGAUCUCUGAUAGCCAAGUUGAGGAUCUAGUGUUAACAUUUUCUGCAGAGCCUUCAUUUCCUGAAAGAGGCUCCGUGUUGCUGCACGAUGGUGAGCCACUGUAUCAGCGGCAGCUCUUAUGUUGUGUUAUGUUUGCCCUGCAGAGCCUGAGCUCUGGGGACGCCCUGCUGCUGCCUGUGAUUUCUGCCCUCACCCGUGUCACGGCAGCUGUCGUGCUCUGCCUGCAUGCAUGUUUUCGCUCCGUCUCCUUCAAGUGCCCUCCCCCCUCUGGAGGGGUUGGGACGGUGCUGGUGUGUGUUGGUUUCUGCCCUGAAGCCGCUGCCCAAAUGCUGCUGGUUCUCGCCGAAGUCCAGGAGAGCAUGAGCCAGCUGUUAAGAGAUGAGGAGGGUAAAAAUGAGCCUGGUGGAGGCGACAGACAGGUGCUGCAGUUUGUUCCCAUGGAGGAGCUGCUCACUGGAGGACUGACUGACUUCCUGUGGACCGUGAACUCUGAAAUCAUCCAACGGAAGCUGCAUCUGCUCAUGCAGGCAUAGCGCGCUUUGGUGGGCUGUCACUGUGGUAUGCACUUUUUCGCUUCAGAAGCAGUUUAAUCAUGUUACAGUCCAGUUUAUUUGCUUAUGGAAUCAGCAGACUGCUCAGCUGCAUGAGCUUUCAGCAGUUAGUCACCGAAUCGCUUUCGCAUGUUGAUAUGAACUCAUCUGAUUUAACAUUACACUCCUCUCACUUAUUUAUUACAACACACCUCCAGAUAUUCAGAUUCUUUAGUGUGCUUCAACUCGAACCGAUGCUGGCAGUCAGAAGACGUUUAUCAGACUUCUCUUGAUAGGUGCAGUCACAUGUGAGACAUCUAUCAAGUGGAGCCACAAACAUGGCAUGGCUGAAAAUGCAAAUUACUCUCAGUACUUGAUCAGCAGAAAAUGUCCAUGACCAAAGUCUCAGAGGGAUUUCAGGAUGCUAAAUAAACAGCGGUCCAGCUGUCUGCACCAAACCUCCUGUUGGUCACGGAUGUUUUGAGUUGACAUCACAGAGAGCCUGAAGUGCCUGCUAUUUUGCAUCAACACGGUGUUUAAUCCCACUGUGUUGAGUAUCUUUUUAUCUUCUAUGCAGCUCUCCGUCAGAUUACUGUUUUCAGUUAAUUUCAUUUGUGUCCAGUGAGGAAAACUUUGUACUGUCAACGGACAGAAAAAAAAGGUUCCAUCUGUCAUGCUCUGCACAGCUGGAGGGGGAGUGUUGUGGGAUUUGUAUUAUUUGUCGUCUUUUUAGUUUGUUUAUUCUGUUUUUUCAGUAUAAUUCGAAUUAGGGGUAUAUUUUGUUAUAAAAAUAAUGUUAAAAAAAAAAAAAAAGGACAUGGAGGGUUUCUGUUCUUUAAAAAUGCUAGUUUACUUAAUAGUCUGAAGAUAACCCAAGUAGUGUAUUAACUCCUUAAUGUCUAGUGUAUCAUAUUUGAUACAUACAGUUUUUGUGAGUUUUUGAGACGUAUACAUCAUCCGUGUGAUCCCCCCCCCACUGAAAAAACAAAAUAAAUUGCACAAUAUUCUCAAGCAAUAAAUUGCAAAAAAUGCAUGAUACAAAAGAAAUUUUAUAUUUGCAAAUUAAUCUUUUUUCUCAGAAGGUUCAAUAAACACUAAAUUUAAAAAAAGAAGAAUUUUCUGGCCGUUAUUUCAUGGCUCACACAAGAGUUAGCAAGUUAGUUCCAAGCUCGGAUAAAUGAGGUUUGGAUACUUGAUUGGUUGAGACCCGGGUUAACAACACACGUUACUUCUCUGGGUUGGAUGUAGUUCAUGGUGUGACAGAAGGUUGAUGCUGGGGACAAAGUGAGAUAUAGGCAGAUGUUUUUUGAAGCAAACUUUAAAAAGGAGCGUCCAAAAGAUCAAGAUGAUCUGGAUAGUUGUUGAAGUACAUUUGGUCCUGUGCAAAGUUCUUCAACUACUUGUCAUUUCUUUAUAGCUUGUUAGGAAAUAGGUGCAGCAAUUUUUUGUGAUGUACAAACAUUUGUGGAAACAGAGUAUUUCCCAAGUGACUAAGCUGGACUUCCACCACCAUCAUAUUGUAGCUGUUGCUUUAUCUGUUCAGCCAUUGGUGGAUAUGUUUAUAAUAUACCACUUACAUUUCUAUAACCUAGUGUCAGCAUCUGUGGAUGUAGAAGAAGCUGUUAAAUCACCCUAACUGCAGAAGGUUCACCUCAGAGGUUUCAGAAAAACAAACCAAUAAAUUAAGCCGAUAAAAAUAGUUGUUUAUUAGUUCAGACAUAAGUUUGCAAGAAGGAUGGUGAGCCUGAAAUAAUCUGAAUGAAACAGUACAAACCUUUCAUGUGAGUAUAGGUCGAGUGAGAUUAAUCUGUAAUAUAGGUCAGUAAUGGGGGUCAAACCAUUUAAAAACUGCCAUUGUGAAAACUAAGUUGUCUGGAUUUUCAUUAUUUUGUUUAAUAGCGUUCGUGUUUGAUUGCAGAUUAUAGCUGAAAACUGGAUCACUGACAAAAUCGGAAAGUUAUAUUCCACUAAUCUUUUUUUCCCUGUGUGCCCGUCUCCAUUAAGAUCACCACCCCACACAAUUUAGACCACAGAGAUUCAUACAAAUGUACGGUUUAGGAGAUUUAAUCCAGCAAAAAUAGGAAAAAAAAAAUGGAUAGGUUUGUUUAAAAAGUGUGUGUAAGAGAGAGACUGGGUUGUGUAACUUCAAUAUAUUUCUUUCUCUGUGUAAUAUUCUUCUCCAUUAUGCUUUUGCAAAUUAUGCACUCACACACACAUACACACUACCAAAUAACUGAGUGUGUGUUGUUUCUGUUGAUUCUGACCACGGGCCACUCUGGACUUGAAGUCAUGCACGGCCAGUUAGUUAACUCAGUUCGACUCUCAGCAGUAAGAAAUCUGCGAGACAGCGAGGCUUAGACGGGCGAUCGGCUUGAGUGAGGAGAGAAACUACGUCAGCAAACAAAAGAAUUUGAUUUUUGCUUUUAUUUCAGGGUUGAAUGGAGAUUCUCCACUUGCUCCUAUGUCUGCAGAGUAAAGAUGUUGACAGUGAAACUCUCAUUAUGCAACAACAACAAAAAAUAAAUAAAGACAGCAGGAAGAUGCUGGUGAGGAGGACAUGUUCAUCAGAGGGAAUCAGCUCAGUUCAGUCAGUUUUCUUUGUCUGAUCUCACUUUCAGACAAGCUGUCUUGCUUGUUAGUCUCGCUCUACGACUUCAAUCGCUAAUCUGUGACAGAAAUAAAAUGGGUUGCAGUAAGGAAAGUAUUAACAUUCCUCAAAAACAUACCUGUCAAAACAAAAAGACUACUAAACUCUUGGUUUUAUUCCGUGCCUAGUUUUCAUAAUCCUUUUUCACAUUAAAUUUCCAAAGUGUUAAAAAGCUCCACUUCUGCAGCAGGUUUUUACCUGAUCAACAGUGUUUUUCACCUUUAAGCCUCACGUAACUUCAAGGCUAAAGGGAGUCAAAUAAAACACCCUGCUGAGGGUUAAAUGUCAAACACAUGAUUGAUACAACAGUACAAUAAAACUGGCUUUUUUUUGUCUUUUUCUUUUUUUUUACAAAAUACCCUCUGUCCACAGUUAUGCAUUUUUUCUAAUCAAACUAUCAGAAAGCAAAUAAAAAGACGAUCAGAAUAUAAAACAUGAUCAAAGGGUUUAAACCUGAAUUACCAGCGGGGGUGUGACUCCUCCGAUUACAAAAACAAGUCUGUGUGUUUAUUCAUCAAAUCCCCAAAAGGAAAAUAAUUUCGUAAUAGAUCCAUCUCACCCUGAUCACCUACUCUUUGAGAUGAUAAAGGAGAUACCGAACAUACAGGUACAGAAAAAUCAAAACAAGGACAAAAAGACCAAUUUUACUGCAGAGCUGUACAUGCAUUAAUGCUGCAAUAUCUAUAUGAAUUCAUCUGUGCAAUAAGGGUUUAUGCAGCCUGGGAGGCUGGUUCCUUUUGUUUUUUGUUAAUUUUGAUCUCUUCAUACACUUUUAUAUAGUUUCUAGGUUUUAUGAUUGUUGUGAGUGAUCUUUGCAUUGCUGAAAUUGGACUUAAUUUUGCUGUGCAUGUUACAGUGACAAGAAAGAUUCUAUUCUGUUCAUUUAGAAUAAAACCGAUUUGAAGGUAAGCUAAAAAGCUACUUCUGUACCUCACUGUUUGUUUGUUUUAAAAAAACAACAAAAA